ACUCUUUGAUAAACAACUUGAUAUAUUCAACUAGUGGUGUGGAAGAAUGCAACUAUAUACAAAACGCCCAUAGCAGCCUCGUUGUGUACUUUACCAGGAGCCCGUGAGCACAGUUAAGCCCAUCUCAGACGUGUUAUCUGUUAUUACAACUUUGACCAUCGGAGUAACAUUUUGGUGAAACAUACGUGGAGCCAAUGGAACUCACAACUGUGCCGACAGUGUUGGCUGAAAAUAGCAGCUUGUCUCCAGUCACUGCAGAAUGGGAGCUUAUCCACACCAUCAUCCCCCCAUACAUCUUCACCAUAUCCCUGGCAGGUCUACUCUUUAACAGCUUUGUGCUGGUGGUGUUUUUUGCCCACAAAGAUCGACUGACUGUAGCAGAGAUCUAUCUGAGCAACAUGGCGCUGGCUGACUUUAUUCUACUGUGUAGCCUUCCUUUCUGGGCAAUGAAUAUCCUCAAUGAGUUCAACUGGCCAUAUGGAGAGGCCUUGUGCAAAAUCGUCAACGCCCUAAUCAUCAUCAAUUUCUACACCAGCAUCUUCACUCUGGUCAUGAUUAGCAUCGAUCGCUAUAUAGCAUUUGUGAAGCCCAUGAAGGCCAGCUGGCUGAGACGGACGCUCUACGCCAAGGUGAUCUGCUUCAUCCUGUGGAUAUUAGGGGUCUUACUGAGCACACCGACAAUAGCUCACAGAAAGGUGAAGUUCUUUGAGGACUAUGAGACCACAUCCUGCGUUCUGGAUUACACCCAUGACAGCUAUUGGAAGCUGGCCCAUCAGAUUGUGAUAAAUGUGGUGGGCUUUGUUCUUCCUGUUUUGGUCAUUGUUUUCAGCAGUGGAAAUAUAAUCAAGGUUUUAUCUGAGAGGAGGGAAAGUGUUGGUUUUCAUCACACCAGUGAUAAAAAGGCCACUGUGCUAGUGUAUGCUGUUACACUGGUAUUUUUACUAUGCUGGGGUCCCUUCCAGGUAAUUACCUUUCUUGACAUUCUCUGUGGUGUCAAUGUGCUGGAUGAGAAGCUGUGGUCUGACUCUCUGGAUAUAGGAGGGCAGCUCUCAGCAUAUCUAGCCUUUCUCAACAGUGUCUUAAACCCUUUGUUGUAUGUCUUCUCAGGGCAGUACUUUAGAAAGAAGGUUAGCGCCAUCUACAGAAAGACUAGAUAUCAACGCAGAGGAUCAGACAUGACCACAUAUCAACUCUCUGCUGUGUCCACUUACAUCAACAGAACAGAGCAAAUUAAACCUGUGGUCAUUGUUAAUGCCAAAGAAUAAAAUGUGUCUCAUACUGAUGGCAUCUACUUUUCUUUUGCUGCUUAUGUAUAAAAUGACCAAAAAAAAAGGAUAUGUUUCUAAAACUAUUAUGUCAUUAGACUUAACACAAUAAUAAUGCUGUUAUGUGGCUAAUCGGCACUAUCAGAUGAUGUUUAUUGCUGUGCAUGAGGAAAUAAUGUAAGUAAUGGACAGACACUGCAGGAGAAAUAGACUGAAAUGCAUUUACAGUCUGCAUAAUGACAUUUUUGUCUUGCAUUGUGGACAAACAGCAUCUGUUUCUUUGACAUGUUAUAUGGAUUUAUAGCAACAGACUUCUCAGUUUAACUUUGUUUGUCUUUUACGUCUUUAAAUUUAAAUAUUUUGACAUAUUAGUCAGUAUUUAUUUUUUCAUUGUAAACCAAAUAUUUAUAUCUUAUGGCUUUUCAUGUCCAUUUUAUCUAAAUCAAAUAACAAUCCAAGCAAUGUCAGACCCUUUUUAUUUAGACCAAUGUACUGCUUUAUUCAUGCCAUUUCCUUUGCCUGCUACGCCUUCCUGGAAGAUUCUUGGAAAAAACAGUUUACUGUUAGGAGGAAAACCUUUUUUUCCUCACUCAUGUUGUUAAAGAAACUGUGGAUAAUGCUCAGAUAGUUUAUGUGUUUCCAUAUGUUGUUAACACAUUAUAAGUAACCGACUUUAGCAGACUCCCAAACAGCCUGCCUCACAAUUUUCAUUUCACCGGUACAUGAUGCUACUUGCUUCUGGGUGUUAAUUCUGUCAACUCAUUAAACUUUUAAGCUAAGAGGAAAUACUGUGGGUGGGGCUAAAUGUUGCUGUAGCUUUCUUGCCUUCACCUAACAUUAGACCUUCCCAAAAUAAAAAAAAAUAAUUAGCACCCACCACAGUGCACAACUGCCCCAUGACUAUUUUUCCAGUGCAGUUAAAUGUUCUAAUGAAAUACUCAAGUGGCUUUAUUUUUUAAAUGGUGCUAUCUAGCAAACAAUGUAUGGUAUUGUAUUUGUUAUGUAAUCUGAUGUGCAGUGUGACAGUUUAUCUGAAAGUGGCCUAGUCCAUCUCUCUGUCCAGCUGAAGACAGGACUGUCACAGAUGUUGCAUUAUGCAUUUUGGGUGUUCAGUAAUUUUCACUCUCAGAGCUGAUGUUACAUAUGGCCUGUAUUUGUAUAGCGCUUUUACUAGUCCCACCUAGGGACCCCAAAGCGCUUUACACACCCAGUCAUCCACCCAUUCACACACUGGUGGAGGCAAGCUACAGUUGUAGCCACAGCUGCCCUGGGGCAGACAUAAGUAUUUAAAAUCAGUUAAUUAUGUUUACUCAGUCAAACUAUUUAUUGGUGUUAUUUGGUUAUUUAGGCAACUGUAUUCAUUUAGAUAUAAUGGUUUGUCUCAUUAUGUAAUGCCUAUCAGGUUAUCACAAUAAUUAUCAGAAUAUGUACAUACCUGUUCCUAUUUUUGUUGCUUUUUACAUUCUGUAUAUGACUGAAAAUAAAUAUAAUAGAACUAUAAGUCACCAAAAACCAGUACACUACUUUUUCUUAGCUAUUUCUGUUUUGAUUUGGUUUAGUCUCUCUGCUUUGAAGACAGUUGCACAAUGCAGUGACAGUUAUUUAGCAUUGCAAGUUUUCAGCCAUUCAGUAGGCAUGUAGACAUGUCAGAGCAGGAAAAGAUCUGGCAAAGCAGAACAUUGUUCUUCUCAGGUAUUUCAGUCUGUGGAAAAACAGAAGACGUGUGCUCAUUUUUUUUACCUACUACCACAAGGGCCACGUGUUCCAGCGGACAACAUAACGGCCUCCUCCUGACUCCAACCUUAUUGUGAAAAACAUGUUAGUAAAUCAGCAUGCACAAAACCAGAACCCAGAAGCAUCUAAAUGGACUUCAGUCAGUUUUUUGUUUUGUCUCUGUACUUGUGUGUUUUUCUCUUGUGAUGUCAAUGUGACAUCUGUGAAUAAAUUCUAGU